CAUGACAUAGUAUCAUGGAUGUCGAGGUUCCUGGAAGAGGGAUCGGACUUUUACCAAGCCCGUUGAGUUCAAAUUAGCCACAUUUUCCCCUUAGCGAGAAAUAUUCUUUAUGUCGAACAAAGAAAAGUACUCAUCGGAUGGUAAGGGCCGCCGUAACGAGUCCAGGAACUGUAGCCAAGAUAACGUUGGUGAUGACAGCGCAGACAUGAAGCGAGCUGCCGAGCAGAAGAUAAAGAACUAUUUUUUCCAGCUGACAGAUGGUUGUGGCUCCCAUGAAUGUAAAAAUGAGUACUGUGCAUCCAGUGGAAGAAAGCAAACCUCCAAGGAUGAUGCCGCAGCUUUGGCGUUACAGUUAUUCAUGAAGAAGGCCCGUCUCUGUGAACCUCUGCAAGAUAAAAAUCACAAAGUUCCAACACAGGAGGCACCAUUUCUCACAGAAAAAUCAGUUUUGAAAAACCUUGACUCAUUUGCGGAAGAGGGAAGCUACAAGAAGCUUGUACACAACAUUGGCAUAGUGUUUUCUAGUUCUGAAUCACUGAACAAAAGUUUCCUGUUAGAUUCAGCAAGUAGACAAAACUCAGGGACCAAUGUUGACAUAGAGGCUGUUCGGCGUAUGUAUGCAGCCCUGUUUCAAACAGGAGAUUCCUCUGUGGAGAACUCAUUAAUAAAUUCCCUGGUUGCCUUAUCCCCAACUCUGGAAGUGGAAAUGCGAUUCAAGUCACCAAGCAAUGAUCCAAACUUCUUGAAUCAAUUUGUGAUUAUCAUGGAAAACACCAUGUUACAGAGUCCAGAAUAUUUAGAUCAAGCUCUUCCUAGUUUUCUGAAGGCCAUGGCGUUACUGUCUGCUAAACAACAAGCAAACUUAGUGCAUAUCUGGUCACAGUUUUCAAGUCAGGAAAUUCGACGAAUGGUUGAAACACUUCAGCAGCUUGUGACAUAUCAAGUUUUAACAGGACCUUGUGCUACAAGCACUGCACCAGUACAAGAGGAUGAUGCAAUAGUAGCAGCAACCAAAGUCAUGAAACUUCUGUAUUAUGCAAGUGUAAUGGGUGGAAUCUUUGAUCAAACUUGCUUAAGCAACAGCCAUGAUGGAGCAACAGGAGGUGAUAAUGAAGAGGACCCUCUAGUUAAGGAAUUGAAAAUUGAUGUACAAGACUGUCGCCAACCAUUAGUUAAAUACCAAGAGUUUGUUAAUGAUCCGUUAAAUGACCAAAUUGAAGUAGAUCGUGAUUAUACCUACUACAAACAUGAGAAGGGGACGAAGUUUUCCUUUCUAAAGUACAACUUCAUCCUUUCUACGGUUACAAAGAGCAUGGGUUUGUUUUAUGAUAAUCGGAUACGCAUGUACAGUGAGAGACGGCUGACUAUUCUUUACAGUCUUGUGAGAGGAGAGCAGGGAACACCAUACCUAAAACUCAAAGUUCGACGAGAUCACCUCAUUGAAGAUGCUCUUGUUAACCUUGAGAUGACUUCACAAGAUAACCCAGGUGAUCUCAAGAAGCAGUUGUAUGUUGAGUUUGAGGGAGAGCAGGGAAUUGAUGAAGGAGGAGUGUCUAAAGAAUUCUUUCAGUUGGUUGUUGAGCAAAUAUUCAACCCAGAUUAUGGGAUGUUCACUUUUGAUGAGGCCACACAGUACUGCUGGUUCAAUCUGAAUUCAUUUGAGACAGAUAGCCAGUUCUUUUUGAUUGGUUUGGUCCUGGGCCUGGCAAUCUACAACAACGUCAUUUUGGAUGUGCACUUCCCAAUGGUUGUGUACAGAAAGCUUUUUGGCAAGAAAGGGACUUUUGAAGACCUCAAGGUUUCACAUGCGGGCCUUGCUGCUGGUCUCCAGAACAUGCUUGAUUACAAGGGUGAUGUUGAAAGUGACUUCAUGUGUACUUUCACCAUCGGCUACACAGACAUGUUUGGCAUGUCAGUGACCAAGGAGCUGAAGGAAAAUGGAGCAGAAAUCAGUGUUACCAAUCAAAAUAGACAGGAGUUUGUGGAUUUGUAUGCUGAUUUUAUCCUGAACAAGUCAGUUGAUAGGCAGUUCAAAGCGUUUCGACGUGGUUUUGAUUUGGUGGUGAGUGAGUCACCUUUAAAGACAUUCUUUCGUCCGGAUGAGGUGGAGCUGUUAGUUUCCGGUUGCCAGGAUUUCGACUUUGAUGCACUUGAGAAGUCUACCGAGUAUGACAAUGGUCUUUCUGAAGGCUCAACUGUAAUCAGAUGGUUCUGGCAAGUGGUACACGAGUUCACUUUGGAGCAGAAGAAGCAGCUGCUGAUGUUCACAACAGGAAGCGAUAGGAUCCCCGUCGGUGGCUUCUCCAAACUGAAACUUGUUAUCGCCAAGAAUGGCCCCGACUCGGACAGACUUCCAACCGCGCACACGUGUUUUAAUGUGCUCCUUCUCCCGGAAUACUCAAGCAAGGAAAAGCUUAAAGAAAGGCUGCUGAAAGCCAUUACUCACGCUAAGGGCUUUGGUCUUCUGUAGUUAAAUCACUUAACCCUUUAACUUCCAGAAAUGUCCAACAUCUAACUUCUUCCUUUAAUAACUGUACAUUUUCCAGCAAACAGGCGACGAGAAUACUCAAACUUAUCAGAUAGAAGUUGUUAUCUUGAUCUAACACCAAAUUCUCAUAACUAAUUUACUUGGAAAUGUGUGUGCAGCUAGAGGAGAGAAUUAACAUUCAGAUCUUAAGAGUUGAAGGGUUAAACAAGGAUAUGGUGUUCCCCUAUCAACACAUAACUGGCAAAAUGGGAAUGUCAGCGUUUGAAAUAUUGGGAUUAGUUGAAGACUGUUUUAUGUGAAACUGAAUGUUACUGCUUGACAAUAAUGAUAGUGAAAUAUUAGCCUUAUAAUGACUGAUUGCGGACUACUCUAGGUUAGCAUACAAUUGAAUAUCCUCUAAAUAACACAAAUGUUUCCGCUCCAAUCUGCACACACGUGUAACAUUUUUCGAAUUGGGUGUUUGCGACGCAAACAGGGAAACGUACGCUAUUAGUGUAUUCCAACUGUAUUGCCAGGGUAUGCCGCGAGUUGCGACGCUUUACAAUUCAUAUUUCAGGGCUGGAACCAUUCACCAAACAUGUGUAUUGGCGAGAAAUACUGAAUAUGGAAUGGACGGCUUAUCUCUUCUGACAAGGAAGAGUAUCAUGGCGUAAUGCGUAUAUUAGGAUUGCUUAGUGUCAUUCAUUUCUGCUAUUCCCAUAAUUCUCGAAGAGUUACCUACAAGAUGAAUGAGAUCGGACGCGAAAAACAUGUAUGCAAAGUUGACUGUUCUCAAAAAAAUUGUUUCACCUUAGCAUACUAAUAAACUCUACGGUUUUUUCCAGGACUUAUCGGGUCGAUGAUCUCUACCUAUGUUUAUUUCAGAAAUUCUUGUUAGUAUUUGAUCAAACGUGUGCAUAUUGAAGGAAUGAUUCUAUCGCAAAUUGUAGGACAUUGUAUUCAUUUUUCGACUCAGCUUGAUGAAUUUCUGUCCAAGAACAAAAAAAUAUAGACUAGUCAGGUUGGACAUCUGCUGAACCUUGAAACUGAGUCAAGCUCUCUUUAGGCUAGCACUAAUAGUAACGCAACUUUAUUAGGGUAAACCUAAGGCACAGUGUAACACGUAGGGCGUGCAUGCCAGCAUAAAUAAGCGUCAUAAGACCACCUAACUGGUAUCUUCAAGGAGUCCAUAUGACUGACUUGAAGCAAAGGUUACUGCAUUGGUGUUGCAUUUGAAUGCUGUAGAGAGACGUCUGUGUCGGUUUUAGUGUGAUAUUGCCGCAUGUUCUAAAGGAACGUGGGACAUUUACAGGGUCACAUUUACUUGUAUAGAUGUUUGCUUUUAGGUUAUUAUAAAUGUAAAAAAUGCUUUCGAGUUUCCGUUUA